AUGGCGAAACGCUUGAUUCCUCUCUUCAACCGUGUUUUGGUCGAGAAAAUCGUCCCUCCUUCAAAAACCAACACUGGGAUUCUGUUACCUGAAUCCUCCUCCAAGUUGAAUUCUGGAAAAGUUAUUGCUGUUGGUCCUGGAAUUCAUGAUAAGGAAGGGAAGCUAAUUCCUGUAGCUGUAAAGGAAGGUGACACUGUACUUUUACCUGAAUAUGGAGGAACUGAGGUGAAGCUUGAUGACAAAGGGGUAUUGUGGGAAGCAUGGGACACGAUUGUCUAUAUGAGGGAGGAAGAGAAGAAAAAUGGAAAAAAAAUGGUUCUGGAAGUGGCUUUCCUUCCAAAAAUGCUUUUAGCAGCACCAGUGACCUCUCUGGUUGGGAAAAUGGAGCUUCAUGAGCAGCUCCUCUUAUGGUGGCAAAUGAUAAGAUGUCUCCAUAUACUUGUGUCCAACCAGCCACCUGAAAAUUAUCACAGAAGGUUUGAGUUGAAUUGCAAUGCACUAAAAUGUAGGGAAACUUUUCAGGGUCUUAAUCCAUUCCAAGUCUUAACCUGUCUUCCCUCAAACCAGGUUCUAUAUGACACUGUUGUGUUCAGUCCAAAGUCCUUGGCCAAUUCAUUUACCAGGGUUCUUGUCCCAAUUAAUGGGAUGACUGAAUCUUGA